AUGGGUGGUGUAAAGUACGUCAAGGAGCGCAUCGGUGAAGAAAUUACCGACUGGAGUCAGCUCCAGAACCGGCGCCAGCGUCGCGAAGAGCGUCAGAGAAUUCAAGAGCUGGGACGUCAACAGGAGCUGGAGCGUCGCAGAGAAAUAGGCGAGCAUAUUCCAGAGGACGACCCUGUUCCUGCCGACACUCCGGCCAAUAAUUCGACCGCCGCUUCCGCCAGCGCUAUUCCCAACGCUCCCAAGAGACCUGCUAAGAAAGCAGCCCCGAAAACCCCCGCCGCUCCCAUAAGGAAGAGGAUCACCAGGGCUACCGCAAGGGCUACCGCCAACACUACCACCAACUCUCCCAGCCCCGACACCACAGCCGCCACGACCACCACCCCGGACACUCCUACAGUCACGACUUCAGCAUCUGCUCCGGCUACUAUUCCGGCCACCACUCCCGUCCCCGCUCUGGCCAACGCUCGAAGACCUACUCCUGAAACUGCCCGGCUGACUCGUGGUCCUACCGCUGCCGCUUUGCCUAUUGUUAUUGACAUGACCGGUGAUGAGGAGGAACAUGAAGAGAUGGUGGGAUUGUUGGACCCAGCAUUAUUUGAGCCCGUCAAGAAUGAGAUUGUCCCACAGAAAGUCCAAGCGCCCGUUGUUCCAGAGAAGCCCCAGAAGACUGUGGAGCCUGUCACUCGACAGCCCAGCGCCCGUAUCUCGCAGCCCACGACCUCCCAAGCCGCCAUUACCUCAGCCAAUCCUCCUGCUAUUGGCCGCCUAACACACGAUCGGGUCACUGCUCCAGCAUACGCUCCGGGCAGUGUUCCGGCGCAUUUUGACAAUGCCUACACGGCCGCCCGGGUGCCACCCUAUGCUCCGGCUUACGGUCCGGCUUAUGUUUCUAGUGGCUACGCUCAAGCAUAUCCUCCGUCUGACUACAACCAAGGAUAUGCUCCGUCUGGCUACAAUCAGGCAUAUGCUCAGCCAAAUCCUCAAGCUACCGCUCCGCCAUCUGCUCCCGCAUCUGCGGCAUCCUCUGCUUCGGUUAAGGCUUCUGUAUCUAGGGAUACUUUGGCACCCACUCCGGUAUCUGCUCCGGUCACCACCCCGGCUACUGGUAGAGCCACCGUAACUAAGCCGAAGAAGGACGGAAAGCAAAAGCUAUCGCAGCCUGUCACCGGCGGAAAUUUACCACAGCAAGCCGCCCUAAACAACGCUGCCCAAGGAAGCCAGGAUAUUGCGAUGCCCGCUGCUGAUCAGUCCAAAGCGCGUGUCAAGGCUGCACUUCAGCUGGUCCCGGUUGCUGAGAUCGUCGAUCGCAUGUUUGCCGAGGGUUUGGAGCGGCUUCAGUCACCAACCCCAGAAAUGAUAUCGGCGGAGGCUCGCAAGUUCCUGGCUAUGGCCCACGAGAACGAGACAGCACAAGCCGUGAAGAAAGCGGCGACGACGCUAAGCAACGAUGUCAUGGAGAGGAUCAAUGAUCUUCAGCGGCAGAAUCCCGCUGACCGCUUUGGCCUGGCGUCGGAGGUCUUGAAACUCAAGCUGCAGCAAGUCCUUCUCAAGGAACUGGCAAAAUGA